AUGUUCGGAAACAAAGACCGGUUUCAAGAAGAAGAACAGUUGGCUGGCCACUCGCGCAAAGAAAAUCCUCCGCCUCCAGAUUCAGGAAUAGAGACAGCUUCCUCUACUGAAACAGGCAUCGAGGAAUCGGAUGGAGUCCAAUUUGGCACGGAGAUCAGUGAGCGUGGAAGACUGUGGCCAGCACCAUCCGCUACUGUAGAUCAUUAUAGACAAGAGUGGAGGAGGCUACCUCACAGCCUACAAAGUGGGAUGGUUGACGACGACCUCAUCGCGCAACUUGAAGUCCGCGAAAAUAACAAGGGCCCAAUCGGUUCUUGGGGAGGCUUUGGCCCUAACAGUGCCCUCUUCGGGCCCACAGCGUCAAUUCCUCGCUCCACGGAGACCUGGAUGCUAGUCCAAGAAUUCCUGGACGACUUCAAUUGUGCAAUACCACUAUUUGAUAAGGAUUGGGUCAGGGCCACCUUCAUUCGAUUAUACGAAGAUGGUGAAACACUUCCAGGGAACUCCUCUCUCGCCUUCCACAUUAUCCUUGCAAUCGCCUAUCGCUUACGUGCCCAGAGCCCCCUUUCAAAUAAUUCCGAUGACCUGCAGGCUCGGGAGCACUUGAAGGUUGCGUGCUCCCAGCUUGGGAAUCUCCUCAUGCAGGAGCCAUCAUUGUCCCAGGUUCAAUGCCUUGUUGGUAUUGCAACCGUUCUCCAGGGAACCCAUGCUGCUGGACGCGCGGCUAUAGUGAUAUCUUCGGCUCUGCGGAUUACACAGCAGCUCGGUGUUAGCCGGCCUUCUGACGCCCAGAUUGACCUUCCGGAUAGGUGCCAACUACAACUCGUAUUUUGGAUUGCAUUUUUCACUGAUGUGUCCAUUUGCAUGCGGACGAAGCAAGCACCCACUAUAAUUGUCGGUGAUGGUCAAUUCGAUCUCCCUCCCGAAAGACCUUCAGAUGGUUCGGGAAUGAUCUUAGCGGUUAAUGAUGAAUACUCUUUCAAUAUUCUUCGGUUUCAUGUUCAGUUGGCCGUCUUACAAAACCAAGUCUUGGUGAGCACUAGCUCACCUCGGCCAACGUAUCGUGGACGGGCCCCGACCGGGGAAAGCUUCCAAAUUCUUUGUCAGGCAUUUCGCGCCUGGAGACUGUCUUUACCUGCUGCGAUUAACCUGCCCGGGAUGUACAGUUCUUUGCAUCGAUCAGAUAUCGUGCACGUUCUCAUUCUCGAAGCGAAAGCGUUGGAAACUGUGUGCGCGAUACACGGCAUCACAAAUGACACUCCUGCAAAUCUCAAAAGUGAUCACCUGUCGGGAGACAAUCAACCUUUGAGCUUUAUCUCAGAAAAUAGUCUUGUCGUUGAAGAGGCGAGGAGAUUCUUAAAUCUCCUGGCCUUAGCUCCAGUGGGAGAUGUGGCGUGUAACCGGCUGAAUAUUGAGGCAUUUGUCUCCGCCGCAUUCGUUAUGCUAGUGAGAAUCGUCCGUUGCCCUUCUUUGGCCUCAGCAGAGUCGGACUUAGCACUUGCGCAGACCGCACUGACGCAGGCGAAGUGGUCGGUUCAUUCAAACGCUGGAGAUACGAAUCCCUCAUUACAGACAUGCCUUACUCUGCAGACACUUGCCGAAAAAUUCAUCGUGCAGGAAAAUCAAAGUUAG